AUGCCUGAGGGAAUAUCAGCUGAAGAUCUUGUAAAUAAUAUUAUGGAUACACUUUCGGAUGGCAUGUCAAGGCAGAAAUCCGGGUCAUUCUUUGAAGACCAAUCAAGUUCUGUCUCUUCUCAGUUCAACAGAUUGUUUGGACGACAGAAACCUGUUCAUCAUAUUUUAGGGGGUGGCAAGUCUGCUGAUGUCCUGUUAUGGAGAAAUAAGAAGAUCUCAGCCGGGGUUCUUGCUGGUGCUGCUGCUGUUUGGGUGCUUUUUGAAUGGCUCAAUUACCAUUUCCUGUCUUUGAUAUGCUUUGCCCUUAUUUUUGGCAUGAUUGCUCAGUUUGUGCUGUCAAAUGCUUCAGGCCUUUUGAACAGAUCACGCUCUGAAGUUCCGCGCCUUGUCAUUCCCGAGGACUUGUUCAUCAAUGUAGCCAAGACUGCUAGUCUUCAGGUCAAUCAUUUUCUUGCUUACCUUCAGGGCGUUGCAUGUGGAAGAGACUUCAAGCAAUUUCUGUUGGUUCUAAUGAGCUUGUUUGCGGUUGCUAUUAUAUCAAGCUGGUGCAACUUUAUGACAAUUCUGUUCUUAGGUUUUGUCGCCGCCCACACGCUGCCAGUACUUUAUGAAAGGUACGAAGAUCAGGUGGAUGGAUUUAUAUAUAGUGUUCUCAGACAGCUUCAGGGACAUUACCGGAAACUGGAUACUGGUUUCCUUCGCAAGAUUCCGACGAGGAAAUUCAUGGGGAAGAAAAGUGAUUAA